CUCUCUAACGAUGAGUUCUAACACAUCCUCGCAUUAUCCUCAUAUAGAUCCGCAUCAGUCUGAGUUCUUUGUAGAUCUAUAUUCAUAGCAUCAUUGUGGUUAGUUGUCUGAUAUGUGCCAUCAAGGUCAUUGGGUACAUGUUAGGUUUCGUGUCCUUUGGUAUUCUGAUCAUGCAAUGCUUCAUCUACUAUACCAGGUUCACGAAUGAUUUAUGGUGGUUAAAGUUAUUCGUAUGGUGUAUCGCUUUCUUGGAGUGUUUGAGUUUUGCUUUCACAGUAUACCAAUUCUGGCUGGGCGCAUCGUUGGAAUGUCUUGCUUGUGUGGUGGCUGUGAACGAAGUAACAUGGCCCAUGGGAGUACUUAUUAUUCUGGCAGGACUAAUCGCCUCUUUGGUUCACACUUUUUAUUGCUGGAGGAUCUGGAUCAUGGCUAAGUCUCUUGUCGUGCCGUGUGUGGCAAUGUUGUUGUCACUCGUGCAGUUUUCGUUUGCUGUAGUUGAAGGGUUGACUCUUAUCCAUCCAGGGGGGCAGGAUGUUGGACUUACUAUUGCGCACGCUAUAAGUAGUACCUGGGUGAUAGGUAGUUGCCUUUGUGAUAUUAUCAUCACUAUUCACACCAUAAGACUGCUUCUAAAGAAGAAAUCGGGCACAAAAUUCAAAAGGACUCAGUUUCUCGUCGUGAAAUUGGUGAAAUUGACCAUUGAAACAGGAAUGGUCACUGUUGCAGUGACCUUGAUAGCAGCAGUGUUCUUAUUCGUGAACUUCUGGUCUUAUUAUUCAAUCUUUACUUUUCUGUCGGCAUUAUAUGCCAAUUGCCUUUUGGCUUCUUUGAAUGCUCGUAUCCUUAUCCAAAAUUCGUCUAAUCACUGUCAAGUAUCAACAUUACUUUUUGAUGGUCAUGGUGGCGAAAUUGAGGGCUCCAAUGAUAACGACUUAAAUGCUACGCCUAGGCCUUUCCAUAAUCCAGAAAUAUUACCUUUACACCGCCAAAGUGCCAUGCCCUUAGAGAGAGUUUUGUCAUCAGACAUUCGUAUAGGAGGAUCCGAGGUUGUGGAUGAUCGCUCGAAGGAUAAUAUUCCGACUAUCAUAUCCCUUCCUCCCAUCCAUCAUGAUGCCCGCCAGUGGGAAAUGACAAGCUUGCCCUGGGUAGAUCGAUAAAUAAGGAUGUAAAACUGAAACCCCCCGAUGAAAAUGGUUGUGUAUCUGCGGGAAUUCUGUACAUCCCUUAUGAUUUGUGCAUGUUUUCAUCCAUGAUUGCUCCAAAGCUUCGCCAUCUUCUACAGUUUAUGUUAUCUAAUAUCAGAAUCAUUG